AUGAAGGGCUCUGUGGCUGCCCUUGCCAUCCUCGUUGCUGCCUUCUGCUACCAGACGUCUGCUGCACCAAUUGGCUCCGACCCACCAACCUCCUGCUGCUUCUCCUACAUCUCCCGGCAACUGCCCCGCAGCUUCGUGGUGGAGUACUAUGAGACCAGCAGCCAGUGCCCUCAGCCAGCAGUUGUGUUUGUCACAAAGAAGGGCCGCCAAGUCUGCGCCAACCCCGAGCAGGACUGGGUCCAGGAGUACGUGAAUGACCUAGAGCUGCAGUGA